AUGGCGAUUUACUCCUCCGUCCCACCACCCUCUCAAGUCCAAGCCCCAGCGCAAGCCUCAUCCAUCCCCAACCAACCCACGCAACCCAUCGACGUCGCAACAUGGGCAUCCACCUCCCUCCAAAGUCUAUCCAUCUCGCCCUCCGCGCGCGGAACUGGCGUCACUCUCUCUCUCCCAUUGGAGGACGAUCUUGAAGUUAAGGUAAAGAAGGCUGUCAAGGCGGAAGGAGGUGCAAAGAUGCGGAGAGAUAGUAUGAAGAGACGGGAGGCACUGCUUAAGGGAAAAGAGGGGAGUAGGAGGAGACAGAGGUGGGAGAAUGACAACCUCCUCCACAACCCACACAUAACCCCCCCUCUCCCCUCCGACUGGGCCCCCUCAGCAACCCACCGCGUCCGCCACAUCCCCUACUACCUCGCCCCCCUCUGGGACGCCGGCAUCGCCCACCGCGCCUCCGAGCGCGCCGCCCACUCCUCCCCAUCCUCCAUCCACGCCAAACGCAGCGGCAUCAUCGAAGAGAAGGGCCGAGUCCCAGCCGAUCUCAAGAACAAGCUCAAGAAAGCCAAGGGUGCCAAAACCCUCUUGCAGGAACUUGAAGGAGAGGUCAGGGCAUUUGUUAGGGAUUUCGAACGUGCGGAGAGAGUUAGGGAGGCGAAGCUGGCGGGGAAGAUGUCUGGGCUUGGUGGGAAUCAGGAUAAGGAUGAAGAUGCAUUGCUAGAUUCUGAAGAUGAGGAGAUUGUUUUUAUCGGGAGAGAUAAAGACGGGAAAGGCAUCACAAUGAGCGAUGAAGUCAAAGACGUCGUCGAGGAAGAACUCCAGCGCGAGAAAAUCGUUUAUGAGGGCUUAGAGGGUAGUCCUAGCGGGGGGUUUGCGAGGUGGCUUGUUCAUUCUCUGGCGGGAUAUUAUGGCUUGCAGAGUUGGAGUGAGACAAGGGAGGGCGCGCCGAGGAGGAGAGUGGCGUUUGUGGGUGUUAAGGGUGGGAAUGGGAAUGGGAAGAAGGGUGAGAACUUUGGAGUUGAUGAUCUGCCGAGACCGCUUUGGGGGAUGGUUUGA